GGGACCAUGGAGUCCCCUUCUCUGCUUCUCUGCAAAGGGCUGCUGCUCACAGCGUCACUUUUAAUCCUCCGGAACUUGCCAGCUGCAGCACUGCCAGCAUCUAAAGAAAUGCGCUUCUCAGCUGCGGAAGGGGCAAAGGUUCUCCUCUAUGUUCCUGACCAGGAAGAGAACCUCCUCUCCUUUUCCUGGUACAAAGGGAAGGAUGCAAAUGAAAAUUUUACAAUUGCACACUACAAAAAGUCCAGCGAUUCACUUCAACUUGGAAAGAAAGUCAGCGGCCGGGAAGAAAUCUUUAAGGAUACUUCCAUGAUGCUCCGGGCCGUCACCCAGGAAGACACAGGAUUCUACACUCUAAAAACCUUUAAAGCACACGAUCAACAGGAAAUAACAUAUGUCCAUCUCCAAGUAUACAAGAUUGUGGCAAAGCCCUACCUCCUGCUCAAUCACACCAGACUGAAAAGGAAGAGUGCCUCAGUUCUCACCUGCGUGUCGCCUGACACUGGAGUGGACAUCAGUUGGUUCUUCAAUUACAAGCCCCUGAAUAUCACGGAGAGGAUCACGCUGUCACCUGAAAAGCGCGAGCUCACCAUAUCUCCUGUCUGGAGAGCAGACGCAGGGGUCUACCAGUGCGAGGUGUCCAACUCCUUCAGUUCCAAGAAGACUAACCCACUGCUCAUGGUGUUGGCUUUCGGCUAA